UUGUUUGGAAAAUGUGCUUUUCUCUCGCAAUAGACUAGUUGACGCUGUAUUUAUACAAAUGUUAUAAAUACUUUAGGUUGAAUUUAUUUAUAAGUUUAUUAUGAAUUAUUUUUCAAACCAUCUUAGAUGAUGGUUAUGAUCUAAAGGUAGUUUUCAAUAGCUGCCAAAAAAUGGGGAAUGUACAAACAGUGGGGCCAAAUGAAGCCCUUAUUGUGUCAGGUGGUUGCUGUGGAAAUACAGGUAAAAAAAUGGUUGUUGGUGGAUGGGCUUGGGCAUGGUGGAUGGUUACUGAUGUUCAGAGAUUAUCCCUGGAAGUUAUGACAUUAAGUCCACGUUGUGAACAUGUUGAGACUGCACAAGGUGUGCCAUUAACAGUAACUGGUGUUGCUCAGUGCAAGGUUAUGACUGAAAGAGAAUUUCUUGCUACUGCUGCUGAACAGUUUUUAGGCAAAGAAGUAGAUCAUAUAAAAUCAGUUAUUCUUCAAACUCUUGAAGGACACUUGCGAGCAAUUUUAGGUACUUUGUCAGUAGAAGAAGUUUAUCGAGAUAGAGAUCAAUUUGCUUCUCUAGUUCGAGAAGUUGCAGCUCCUGAUGUGGGACGUAUGGGUAUAGAAAUUCUCAGUUUUACGAUCAAAGAUGUAUUUGAUAGAGUUGAAUACUUAGCUUCAUUGGGAAAAGCACGUACUGCAGCGGUGAAGAGAGAUGCAGAUGUCGGCGUUGCACAAGCUAAUAGGGAUGCUGGCAUCAGAGAAGCUGAAUGUGAAAAGGCUGCAAUGGAUGUCAAGUAUGGUGCAAAUACCAAAAUAGAAGACUCAUAUCGUUUGUUUCAACUCCAAAAAUCCAACUUUGAUGCAGAAGUGAAUACAAAGAAAGCAGAAGCUCAGUUGUCAUAUGAAUUACAAGCUGCAAAAAUGAAGCAAAAGAUAAGAAGUGAAGAAAUUGAAAUAGAUGUAGUAGAAAGAAAGAAACUUAUUGCUGUUGAGGAGAAAGAAAUUCUGAGAAAAGAAAAGGAAUUAACUUCUAUGGUGCGUCUUCCAGCUGAAGCAGAGGCCUAUAGGGUUGAACUUAUAGCUCAAGGGAAAAGGGCCCAGACAAUUGAUGUUGCGCGUGCAGAGUCAGAGAAAAUCAAGCUGAUUGGUUUAGCUGAAGCUUAUGCCAUUGAAGCAGUUGGUAAAGCUGAAGCUGAAGGUAUGCGAAUGAAAGCAGCUGCAUAUAAACAGUAUGGAGAUGCUGCUAUCAUGAGCUUGGUUUUGGAUGCCCUUCCCAAAAUUGCAGCUGAAAUUUCUGCCCCAUUGGCCAAAACUGAAGACAUAAUAAUGAUUGGUGGAUCAGAUCAAGUUACAUCUGAAGUAACAAAACUUGUUAGUCAAAUACCUCCAUCUGUCCAUGCUUUGACAGGUGUAGAUUUAACUAAGGUGCUGUCUAAAGUUGCAGCUUCUAAAUAAGUAGGCAGUUCUAGUUCAUUAUUAUCACAAGCUGCCAUGUUUCCUUACUUGAGUAAAUGAAAGUUGACAUACAUGUACCAGUGUACAGUUCUCAAAUGCGGACAACUUUUACAGUUUGUAGACAUUGUACAUUGCCAUUUUUAGAUGUGUAUUUUAACCAUUAGAACUGUGGUCCAUUUUUUUUAUGUUGACAAAACUGCCAAUUUUCCUAUUGCAAGAAAAUUUUCAUUUUUAUUGAAACUAUAUUUUAUCUUAUUACCCAUGAUUUGUAUAAAAUUUUUCUGAUAUACUU